AAUUUUCCCCAGAACUGGGAAGAGGGGAAUGCCUGGGGAGAUCGACACAGGUCAAAGAUGCAGCUGAGAAACUAUCCCAGGAAGAAACUGGAUGAAUCCAUUCAAUGUGCUGGAGGAUGUGUGGAUGCCAAUGAAACCACAGUCAAGCAGAAAAGUCCCAAUGAAGAGAAACCCUACAAAUGCCUUAACAAUGGGAACAGAUUGUGUUUCAGUGCAAAACGUACUACAAGUAGGAAACCCCGCACAGGACAGACAUGCUAUAAAUGCUUAGACUGUGGGAGAAGCUUCAGCAAGAAGUCUUCUCUCGUUCUACACCAAAGAGUGCACAGAGGAGUGAAAACCUGUAAAUGCCUUCAGUGUGGGAAAAGUUUUAGUCAGAGAUCACACCUUAUUGCACAUCAGAAACUGCACAAAGGAGGGAGACCCCACAGAUGCCUUGAAUCUGGAAAACGUUUUAGCAAAAAUGUAUCCCUCAUUAAUCAUGGGGAAAUCCAUACGGGAGAAAAAUCUUAUAAAUGCCUUGAGUGCGGGAAAAGUUUCAGUCUGAAAUCAACCCUUAAUAGACAUAAGAAAACCCAUUCAGGAGAGAAACCCUAUGCAUGUUUGGACUGUGGGAAAAUUUUCAGUCAGCGCUCAAACCUUAGUCAACAUAGGAGAAUCCACACAGGAGAAAGACCGUAUAAAUGCCUUGAGUGUGGGAAAACAUUUGGUCAGAGCUCGUAUCUUAUUAAACAUAGGAGAAUCCACACAGGAGAGCGACCCCAUAAGUGCCUUGAGUGUGGGAAAACUUUCAUUCGUGACUCACAUCUUACUAAGCAUAGGAAAAUCCACACAGGUGACAAACCCUAUGAAUGUAUCAUCUGUGGGAAAAGUUUCAUUGAGAGAACAAAACUUACUAGACAUCAGGCAGUCCACACAGGAGAGAGACCUCAUAAGUGCUUGGACUGUGGGAAAAGCUUCACUCUGAAGUCCCAUCUUACUAUACACCAGAGGCUGCACACAGGCGAGAGACCCUUUAAAUGCCUUGAGUGUGGGAAAAGCUUUAAUCAGAGCUCCAAUCUUAUCACACAUCAGCGAACCCACACAGGAGAGAGACCUAACAAAUGCCUUGAGUGUGGAAAGACUUUUAAGCACAGUUCAUCCCUUAUUAAUCAUAGGAGAGUCCACACAGGAGAGAGACCUUAUAAAUGCCUUGCGUGUGGAAAAAGUUUUAUGGAGAGUUCAUCCUUUACUAAACAUGGGAGAAUCCACACAGGAGAAAGACCUUAUAAAUGCCUAGAAUGUGGGAAAAGUUUUGUGGAAAGUUCAUCUCUUACUAAGCAUGGGAGAAUCCACACAGGAAAAAGACCCUAUAAAUGCCUGGAGUGUGGGAAAAGUUUCUGUUUGAAAUCAACCCUUAAUUCACAUCAGAGAUCCCACACAGAAGAGAAACCCCAUAAAUGCGUGGAGUGUGGGAAAACUUUCAGUUGGCGCUCGACACUCCUUAAACAUCAGAGAAUUCAUAAGGAUAAGAAGCCACAGAAAUAUAACUCAGAGCUCUGGGGCGCAUCUGUCAGCUGCAGUGUGUGGCGCAGGUACUCGAAGUUGCCAAUAGCUGAAGUUUCCGAGGUCUUUGGAAGUUACAGCUUCCGUGCCUUCGGCGAGGGGAGCCAGAAGAAAGCUCCCCUGCGGAACCAGAUCAUCCUGUCUUCUCAGGGCCGGGCAAUGGCCGGGAUGGAGCCAGCUCAGGCCCUCUACAGGGACGUCAUGCAGGAGAACUACGAGGCGGUGACCUCGCUGGGCUUUCCCGUUCCCAAACCUGAGCUGAUUGCCCAGCUGGAACGAGGGGAAGAGCCCUGGGUGCCUGACCUCCAGGCCGGGGAGGAAAGACAGAUCCUGAGAGGCACCUGCACAGCAGGUGAUGAGACAGUGAGUGAGAAUGAAGAGGGGCAUCAACAGCAGGGAGAACCACAGAGCACAUUUGUGGGAAAAGCUGAAGGGAAUGUCACUCAGUGCUUGGAAGAGGGAGAAGCCUGGGGAAACUGGCCCAGGUCGGAGAGGCUGCUGGGAAAUGACCCACAGAAGAAAGAGGAUGAAUCGAUUCCAUGGGGGGCAGAAGAUGCGGUUCCCCCAAAUCAGGAAAAAAGUCCAACGGGACAAAAAUGCUACUACUGCCUUCAUUGUGGGAAGGGCUUCAGUGAGAGAUCCCACCUUGUCACACACCAGACCAUCCACUCUGGAGAGAAACCCUUUCAGUGCUUGGCCCCUGGGAAAAUCUUCAGUAAUCACUCAGAUCUUAAUAACCCAGGAGGAAGCCACACAGGAGAGAAACCCGACAGGUGCCUCCAGUGCUGGAACUGUUUCAUUUGGAAGUCAGGCCUAAUUUCACAUCCGGCAGUCGACAGAGAAGAGCGACUGCAUAAGUGCUUGGAAUGUGGGAAAAGUUUCAUAGACAAGUCACACCUUAUUAAACAUCAGGCCAUGCACACAUUAGAGAGACUCUUUAAAUGCUUGAAGUGUGGGAAAAGUUUCAUAGAUAAGUCACACCUUGUUAAACAUCAGGCCACCCACACAUUAGAGAGACUCUUUAAAUGUUUGAAGUGCGGGAAAAGUUUCAUAGACAAGUCAUACCUUGUUAAACAUCAGGCCACCCACACAUUAGAGAGACUCUUUAAAUGUGUGGAUUGCGGGAAAAGUUUCAUUGACAAGUCAGACCUUGUUAAACAUCAGUCCACCCACAUAUUAGAGAAACUCUUUAAAUGCUUGGAUUGCGGGGAAUAUUUCAGAGACAGACCAGCCUUUCUUACCCAUCAGGCAAUCCAUGCAGAGGAGAGACACCACAAGUGCUUAGACUGUGAGAAAAGCUUCAUACGGAGGUCAGAUCUUGUUGAUCAUCAGGUAAUUCACAGAGGAGGAAAAUCCCAGAAAUGCGUGGAGGGUGAGGAAAGUUUUGUACAGAGGUCAAACAUUGUUAUACAUCAAAUAAUUAACACGAGAGUGCCACCCUAUAAGUGCUCUUACUGUUUGAAAGGUUUCAUAGAAAAGUUGGAUUUUAUUAAACAUCAGGCCAUCCACACAGGAGAGAAACCCUACAAAUGUUCAGACUGUGGGAAAAGUUUCAGAUGGAGGUCACACCUUCUUAAUCAUCAACCAGUUCACACAGGAGAGCGACCUUAUAAGUGCUCUUACUGUGGGAAAGGUUUCAUGCAGAAGUCGGUCCUUAGUGACCAUCAGAGAGUCCACACAGGAGAGCGACCCCACAAAUGUUUGGACUGUGGAAAAAGCUUCAUAUGGAGGUCAGGCUUUGUUAGACAUCAAGCAGUUCACACAAGAAAGCAACCUUAUAAGUGCUUACAAUGUGGGAAAGGUUUCAUCCAGAGGUCAGACCUUAUUAAACAUCAAGUCAUUCAUACAGGAGAGAGACCCUACAAGUGUUCGGACUGUGGGAAAAGUUUCAGAUGGAGGUCAUACCUUCUUGAACAUAAGGUAGUUCACACAGGAGAGCUACCCCAUAAGUGCUCUUACUGUGGGAAAGGUUACACACGGAAGGCGUCCCUUAAUGACCAUCAGAGAGUCCACAUGGGAGAGCGACGACGCCACAAAUGUUUGGACUGUGGGAAAAGUUUCAGAUGGAGUUCAGGCCUCGUUAAACAUCGAGCAGCUCACGCAGGAGAGCGACCCUCUAAGUGCUUACACUGUGGGAAAGGUUUCGUACGCACGUCAGAUCAGGCCAUCCACACGGGAGAGGGACCCCAUAAAUGCUUGGAAAGUGGGAAAAGAUUGAGAAACAGAUUUGCUCUUCUGUCCCAUCAGGUGACCCAUUCUGGAAAGAGAACCCACGAGUGCUUACACUGCGGAAAAAGUUUCACUCGCAGGUCAGACCUUGUUAGACAUCAGGGCAUCCACACUGGGGACAGACCUCAUCCAUGCUCAGACUGUGGGAAAAGUUUCAUCGAUAGGUCAGACCUUGUUAAACAUGAGGCCAUCCACAGAAGAGCCAGACCCCAUACGUGCUUGGACUGCCAGAAAUGUUUCAUCGAUAGGUCAGACCUUAUUGAACAUCGGGCAGUACACACUGGAGAGAGACCCCAUGAGUGCUUAGAUCAUGGCACUGUUUAGGAGACCCACGGCGGCUGCUCUGGAUCUCCCUGUAUCUUGUCCCCCGAACUCACAUGGCUUUUAACUACAACACAACCUGAGCGUGUGGUAUGUGAUGAAUUCAGAAGCUGGGAGCAGCACAGCCUUUGUGGCAGGAAGUGUAUUGAUGAAGAGAGGUGGGGUGAUUAAACUUACAGAAGAAUUGUCAUUAAGAUUAACUAAGGAUCAUUAGAUGCUCAAGAAAACGAAGAUGAUCAUGAGCCAGUUUGGCUAGUCUGCUGUUAUGUAGAACGGAGACGUAUCCACCUUCUGCUGUAACCCACUGGACACCUGUCUCCUCUCAGAGCUGAGAGAAGCCAGGAGUCCAGACCGGGAGGGUCUCUGCAGAGUUAGUAGGAAACUAAGAACACACAUUUAAUUUUUAAAAACUCACCCAGUGACCUUUAAGUGACUUGCCACAUGAUAUCAGCACUUGUUUGUGUUAAGAGUGGAGUGGAUCUCAUGUUUGUUUAAUGUUUUUUCUUGUAUAUAGGAAUUAGAUUUAUCUUCCAAAUA